AUUACUUCCUGCUCCGGUCCGUCACCUUCUUUGAACCGACUGAUAAUUUCCGGUCUCAUCAACAACGUUCCUUCUAUCGUCACAUUGGCCCAACGAGCGAACCGCCAUUUCCAGCUCCGUUUCCACUGUGAAAUGGGUGUAGUUCUACGGAAUCUCCAGAAGGUGGUGCCUCUCCGCCGCGCCAGGCUGCGCAGGGACGUGGAGACGCUCAGGCACAUCCUGGGCAUCCAUAAGUUUGACCUGGGCAUCAUUUGCGUGGAUAACCGCAGGAUGCAGCGCAUCAACCACAUCUACAGGAAGAAGAACAUGCCCACGGAUGUCCUGUCAUUUCCCUUCUACGAGGAUCUGAGACCCGGCAAGCUGCCCUGUCCCCUUCACAGAGAUGAGCUAAACCUCGGGGACAUCUUCUUAGGGGUUGAGUUUGUGAUGCAACAGUGUCAGGAGGAAUCUCUGGACCUGCAUGGAGUUCUCACUGUUGUCACCGCUCAUGGUAUUUGCCACCUGCUGGGCUACAGGCAUGAGACUCAGGAGGAAUGGACUGAGAUGCUGCAGAGGGAAAGCUACAUUUUAAGCGAGUACAACAGACUGACGGGCCGACACCUGGAGCCACUGACAAAGAGAUGCAGUCAGGACAGGUGACAGCCACCUGCUGACUUGGUGGAUUACAACUUGAACACUGCACUGGCCUUGAUACUUUUGCCCAUAAAGUAUCCCUUAAUCUCAUUAUCUGUUUAUUUAAACAGCGUGGUGCUCUGAUUCAUGGACAAAUGGAAGGGCACUGAAAGCUGUCUUGUGCACAGGCAACAUUUUACUUUUUUUUUUUUUUAAUAAUUGGCACUACACAAACAGUAGUUUUGUUUUUGCAAACAAUCCCUCUGAAACACUUGAUCCAUGUGUUGAAUUGUACAUGUUUUAAGCGUUAAAUUAAAACUCUGCAAAUUCACUGUAAUAUUUUAUUAAAAUCUGCUUUAGGAAGUGUCAAAUACCUUAAGAACGGGUAGAAAAAAAAAACUAUUCAUUCUUAUUUCACAAAUGUCCUGUUCACACUGCAUUUGAGACUUUGGGAAGGUGCAUUGUUUCAGAACGUUAAAUCCAAGGCUUAUAUAAAACAAGCAGACCAAUCAAUGGAGCAACUUUUGCUUGACAUCAGAACUGGGUACAUGUUGACUAUGGUGCUAUAAAAUACUGCCAACACAGAAGCUGGUAGUGGUGCACACUUCCUGAAAGCCAAGCCAAAUAUGACUGGCUGUCAAAAUGUAAUUUCAUCCAUACUGAUUAUUGGCAUCAGUGCUUUAAGUUAUAAACAUAUGAAAACAUAAUUAUUCCUCUGUUUUGUUUGCAUAUGAGGAAAUUAAUUUAAUGUUGUCUGAUUUUGUAAAGCAGAUAACAGAUGUCACACAAAAUAAACUGACACAGAAAUGUGAUUUCAUUUAA